ACUCCAACACAGUAGGUGGCGGUAUUCACUUUGAACGCUGUUGUUUAACCCCGCGAUGAGAACAGAGCGUCGCGCGCUGUAGCGGUUGCGCAGUCGAUGCGAGCUCGUGCGAGGUCUGCUGUCAGUCACCGGGAGACCGCCAUGUCCAAAGAGCAACAGACCCCCCGUGAGCCUGAGCAGCUCCGAAAGCUCUUUAUCGGGGGCCUCAGUUUUGAGACAACAGAUGAGAGUCUAAGGGCCCACUUCGAGCAAUGGGGGACUCUUACAGACUGUGUGGUGAUGAGGGACCCCAACACAAAGAGGUCGAGGGGUUUUGGGUUUGUGACCUAUAGUUCGGUGAAUGAGGUAGAUGCGGCGAUGGAUGCUCGUCCGCACAAAGUGGAUGGAAGAGCUGUUGAACCCAAGAGGGCAGUGUCUAGAGAAGACUCGAGCAGACCAGGUGCUCACUCCACUGUUAAAAAAAUGUUUGUGGGUGGAAUCAAAGAAGACACGGAUGAGGAACAUCUGCGCGAGUAUUUCAGCCAGUUUGGUAAAAUUGACGAGGUGAACAUCAUGACUGAGAAGAACAGUGAUAAGAGGAGGGGCUUCGCCUUCAUAACAUUUGAUGACCAUGAUGCUGUUGACAGGAUUGUCAUACAGAAAUACCACACAGUUAACGGACACAACUGUGAAGUCAGGAAAGCUCUCUCCAGAGAGGAAAUGAACAGGGUGUCAGUGAAUCAACGAGGUGGGCGAGGAGGAGGAGGAGGAGGAGGAGGUGGUGGAGGUGGUGGUGGUGGUGGUGGAAACUUUGGCAGAGGUGGAGGAUACGGAGGUGGAUAUGGAGGAGGAAGAGGUGGUUACGGUGGAGGCGAUGGAUAUAAUGGCUAUGGAGGGAAUGGCGGCUAUGGUGGAGGUGGACCUAAUUAUGGUGGUAACCGUGGUUAUGGUGGAGGCAGCGGAGGUGGUGGCGGCUAUGGAAACCAGGGUGGAGGCUACGGUGGCGGCGGCGGUGGCUAUGAUAACUAUAACAAUGGUGGUGGAGGCAACUUCGGAGGAGGCAACUUUGGAGGUGGCGGAGGCUACAAUGACUUUGGCAACUACAACAAUCAAUCUUCCUCUAACUACGGCCCGAUGAAGGGAGGAAACUACGGAGGUGGUGGAAGGAGCGGUGGCGGUGGUGGUGGCGGCGGCGGCCCAUAUGGCGGUGGUUAUGGAGGAGGCUCUGGUGGUGGUUAUGGAGGAGGCUCUGGUGGGAGAAGGUUUUAGAUUCCAGGGCCACAGUACUUAGAGGAGAGCCAGAGAGAGAUGACAGGGAAAGGAGAGAAGCAAGCAGGUUUACACCUAGAUCUGCCCAGCCAAGCAAUGUGGUGGCGAUAUUAACGUCUGCCAUACGAAGAGAACGUGUUCAAUAGGGGAGGAAAAUCAUGUGGGGGUGGGGAUGGGGGGGGUUGAAAGUGGUUAUAAAAAAAGGAACAUUUCAAAAGUACUCUUGACCUGGAAGAUAUUUACUAGUUUGUAGUUUUCCCUUUUUUGUCUGUGAAGUGCAAAGCAUUCCAAUGAGAUUUUAUGCAGGGUUUAAUUGUUGUGUUGGCUUUUCUCUUACCAGAACCAGUAGGGUGUCUGUCUUUUUUCUUUUACAUUUCUUUUCCUUUUUUUAAUGUGAACAGUCACCAAUCAAGAUUAAAUAAACCACUCCAGUUUUUUUAUUUAAUUGUAUUCGUCAGUGUUUUGUUUUGGAAAUUGUGAAUAAUUGCCCGGAUGCAUGAAUGAUUGAUUGUAUUUUACGCAACAGACCUGCAGCAUGCUCUGAUGCUGUUGGGUAUUAGUCUUUUGUGAUGUAGAUUUAAAGCUUUACCCUAAAGUAAUUUUGACCUUUGGUUAAAGCAUUCAUAAGCCUGAAUUACUGGAUAAUUAAAGUAACGCUUCUUUCAACUUUCAUGUGAAAUACCUGUAAAGAAAUCUGAGAUCUACUGAACUUCAGCAAACUUUAAUUAGCUUGUUCAUUUAUAUUUAUAAUUGGGCCUAGCACACAUCCUGGUUUAUGUUUUUGGACAAACAAUGUUUCUUUGUUUGAGUUCCGCUGGGGAAUUAAAUCCAUAAGAGGAUAUUUAGCAACUCUGAAAUGCCGCCUGAAGGCAAUCUUGCGAAAUAAGCGGUCAGACUAUCUGAUGAAGUGCCAGCAAAGAUUCUAGCCGUCGGGAGGAGCCAGCUUAAAGGCUAGCCAAAGAGAAGAGACUUUUCAGAAGCAGUCCAUCGAAGAGAGGCUAGCCAUUGGGAUGAGCCAGCUGAGAGGCUAGCUUAUUGGAAUCGCCAGCAGUCUUAUUGAGAACAGAUGAUUGCUGUUGUAAGACUAGCGAGAAACAGCUACCAAAGUAAGGUAUUUAACAUACCAGACUGGUAGGUAAGAGGAGAAUUUUAGUUUUUUUUUUUUUUUUUUUUUUUCAUGUGAAUUAUUUGUGCUCAUCAAAAUUAGGUAACAGUGUAAAGAUUUUGUUGCUUGGUUGUUUUCGUGUUUGUGGUGAAAACAUGAGUGCCGAACUAUCACAGUGAGCAAGUUUUCAACUGUGUUUUAAGUAAGGUUCGGUAUAUAAUUUUAUGUUGUAACAGUAGUCUUUUGUGUCAGUGGUGCAUGAGACACUUAUGACCAUACACUUUGUGCUUGGCUACAUGUCUUUGUUUCUCUCCUUAUUUUUGGUUUUAAGUCAAUUCAUUCUUUUUCCAGGGAUAUAAACUUACGGAUUUUGUACCUGCGACAUGGUUAGCGCUAGUUCAAAUGGCUGGUGAUCUCGAAGGGUAACUAAAGACUGAGGCCUACCCCAAAAACAGCAACUGCUCAAACAUUUUAACAUUGCAUUAUUUUGCUGUUUUCUCCACGUUGGCACAUGGCCAGAAUAUUUGAAUUGGUUGUGAGAGCGCAGAGUCAAAUACCAAACAAUAUCUGCUGGACAGCAUUAGAAAUUUUUCAACUUUUCAAUGUUUUUUUUUUUUAAUAGUGCAGUUUUUUAAGUAUGGUAUCAAAUGCUUUAUUUACCAAAGCAGUGAUUUUUACACCUAUUUAUAUUUCGUGAUUCAGCUGGGAUUAAAAGCAUAUGUAACAGCCAGACUAUAGAAAAUUAAUCAACAGGUUCAACCGAUCAAGUGAAAAGGGGUCUUUGUAUGAUAUGUCAACAUAUCAGCUGAGUUGUCUUGAGAAAUGUGAACAAUAAAAUAUAUUUUGAUUAUA